AUGAGAAUAAUAGCUCAUAUUGAUACGCAGUUUGCAACAUGUGGGUACCUAUCUAUCUAUCUAUCUAUCUAUCUAUCUAUCUAUCUAUCUAGUAGACCCCAAUCUUUCUUUGUAUCUGUCAAUACUGAAGUCGAGGAUCCCCUAUAUAUCUAUGUACGGAUUAUUAAUUCUCAAUUCAUCGAGCUCUCUUUCACCUUCUCUGCCUUUCUGUCUGUUUUGUUCCAUCUAUUGAUUUAUGGAUAUAUAUCUAGGCAUCUCAGUUUCUUUCAAAUUGUACUCUUUCUUUCUUUCUUUCUUUCUUUCUUUCUUUCUUUCUAUUUAUUUAUGUUCCUCGAUAUCUAUCUAUCUAUCUAUCUAUCUAUCUAUCUAUCUAUCUAUCUAUUGAUUUAUGGAUAUAUAUCUAGGCUUCUCAGUUUCUUUCAAAUUGUACUUUUUCUUUUUUCCUUCUUUCUUUGUAUUUAUUUAUGUUUCUCGAUGUCUAUCUAUCUAUCUAUCUAUCUAUCUAUCUAUCUAUCUAUCUAUCAGUUCUGGGGUAUUGAGAUUUCCCUUGUUAGUAUUCACGUCUCUAGCCAGCAUCCUUUCGAAGACAGAAUAUACCAUACUUGGGAUGAUGCCAUAACCCCACAGGUUGUGAUUCUUCAAUAUAAUGACGUUUGGACAAAACUGUAUGGAAAUCGUAGGCAAGAGUCACAUCUACUUGUUCCCAAAGCGAAAGAAUGGCAUUUGCCACCGGGUGAGAGUCAGCGUAUAAGGAAUAUCGGAAGAAAUGUUCGGCUGUGUACGGAAGCGUUGAAUUAA